UAUAUGGUGAUUUUGCUUUACCCACAUUAUCAUGGAUGAUAUGAAGGACAAAAGUAUUCAUUUUACUGCUCAGAAACUUACGGAAGAAAUAAAAAAUAUGCCCGCGUAUAUGAAAUUUUAUUCAGGAAUUCAGAAAAUUGUGUCGUCUACUUGUGUGAAUAAGUAUGAAUUCAAGGAGACCCUCCUUCAAGCAAUUAAACAAGCUGGAAUUGAAACACAACUAAGGAAUACGGUAUUUCAUUGGGUGCGAUCACACAAUAAUUAUGACAGCAUUAAUGGCUCCUCAAUCAAGGAACCACUUGCAUAUUUACGGAAGGCACAGAUGCAAUGGGAGAAGAGAAUACAUAAGUCUCUUAACUCGAUGUGUAAUGAAAUUGGAGUGCCUUUGGCUCGCUUCCGUUUGGCAUCAGAAAAAGAUGAUUUGGAAGAGAAAUGGACUGAACUGAGCACAUAUGAUGUUGACCUUAGUCAGUAUCGACCAGUAUAUGCCCCAAAGGAUUUUCUAGAAGUUCUUCUGUGCAUUCGUAGCCCCAACUACCGUAGCAUGUAUGGUGAAGGGGAUUGGGAUUUUACUCAGAUUCCACUCCGAGUGAAAACAUUAACUGAGUUGCGUUGUCUUUAUGUGGAACUGUCUCGUGGAGAACCAUUACUUGGAGUGAACCCUCACAUGCCAUCAGCUGUUGGGAGCCAUCCUACUUUGGAAGCUGAACGCUCUGUUCUUGGUGAGAAAGUUCUGGCUUCAAGUCAUGCACCAGUUGCACAGGAAUUCUUGAAACGGGGGUGUCCACGAAGUUUGCGGGGACGCAUCUGGGCUCAGAUCAUGGGUUCAUGUAUCCAUCCAGAGCAUGUAGAAUACUUCAAUAGUUUAAAAGAACAAGUGCUUCAAUAUGAUCUCAUGGUGGACAAACUUAUACUUAAGGAUGUUCAUCUGACAGCCUCCAAUGAUGACCAGUACUUCGUGUUUGAAGAUGUUUUAUAUCAGGUUAUGCUGUGCUUCUCUCGAGAUACAGAGGUUCUUUCACUGUUCAAUCACAGUGCUGGCAACCCUGUGCAUGCUGUGCUCAAGAACAAACCUGCUACUGUGGAAAAUACUGUAGUAUUUCCUCCCAGUGGAAUAAUUCCCUUCCAUGGGUUCACAAUGUACGCUGCCCCUUUUUGCUAUCUCUAUGAUAAUCCAGUUGCGCUGUACCACACGUUUAGAGCAUUCUAUCUGCGAUACUGGUUUCGUCUCCAUGAAGUUUCUUCUCAUGAGCAAGGUCUUCUGUGUCUUUGUCUCCUGUUUGAGCGGUUACUGCAGCGUCAUGAGCCACAACUAUGGUUCCAUUUCAAACACAUCAACAUACAACCUGUACGUGUGGUGUUCAAGUGGUUGAUGCGUGCCUUCAGUGGACAUCUUCCUCCAGAGCAACUGCUGUACCUCUGGGAUAUGAUUCUGGCAUAUGAUUCACUUGAGAUCCUUCCUCUUCUUGCAGUUUCAAUCCUCAGCUUUCGUAAGGACAAUCUGCUAUUGGUGGAUACAUUGUCUAGUGUCGAGGUUGUGUUGGCAGAUUUGUCUUCAGUUGCUGUAAUGACUCUCCUGCAGUUGGCACUCCUGCAUGACUGAGUAGGAAUUGGACACCAUUUUACCAUUUGUAACCUUAUUUUUAUUGUAAAUUUGUGUAAUGGAAUUCACAGGAUAACAGUUAUUGAGAUACAGGAAAUAUAUUAAAAAUAUGCACCUUUCAAAUAUGAAACAUGGUUAUUGUGGUCUGUAGUACUUUGUAAUCCUGGUGUUACAGUUUACAUGUAUAUUAAAAAGUGUUUUAAGAGAGGAAAUUCAUGUAUCAAUAAAAAUGCAGUGUCCAGGGACGAUUCAGUGGAGUGCUUUUAGAUUGAUUAAAUACCACAAGAACUAGGCUUACAUAAUAAGAGAACUGAAGAAAAAUGUACUCUGAAUUCAUAUAUGAAGAUUUUUUGCAUGUGGAUGUUAGAUUAGCUUUUGUCUUGAGUGUGUUUGUCAUGUGGUUUGGAUGUGAAACUAUAAAUUGACAGUACUUUGUAAA